AUGAGCCAGCAAGCAGCGGUGAUCAGGGCGGCCCAUGCUCAACUUGUGGUUGAGGAACACAGUAUUCCAACUCCAAGACCGGGCCAACUGCUCGUCAAGAUCAGAGCCAUCGGCUUCUCCCCUUUGGAGGCCAAGAUACAGAAGUAUGCUAUGAUUCCGCUAUCCUACCCAAAUGUCCUCGGAACAUCGUACGCUGGCAUCGUUGAGAGCGUCGGCGAAGGAGUCACCAAAAUCAAGACUGGCGACAAGGUCGCAGUCGUCCGGACGCGUUUUCAGAUGCGGAGCGAAUCUGGCGCAUUCCAGCAAUACGCCUUAGCUGCUGAGACAUCGACAUCCAAAUUGCCUGAAACCGUCAGUCUGGAGGACGCUGCCAGCACUAUCCUCAACCUAGCAGCAAUUGCAUCUGCCUUUUCCAUCGUUAUGGGCCUCGACCGACCUUCGCUCGCCGAGAAAGCAAAGCCGAAUGGGAAGAAGAUCUUCCUGUAUGGCGGCUCUAGCCCGGCAGGCGGUCUCGGCGUGAGCUAUGCCGUAGCAGCAGGCUAUACUGUUGUCACUACAUCGUCACCCGCGAACAAGGACUUUGUGCAGUCACUCGGCCCAGCAGUAAUACUCGACCACACCGCAUCCGAUAUCGCGGACGAGAUCGCUUCGCAUGGUCCCUACGACACCAUCUUCGACGCGAUCGGCUUCCCCGUCGUCACGGAUCUUAUCGCGCCAUACCUUUCCUCGGUCGGUGGCGGGAUCUACUACUCGUUUGUCCCAUUGACAGGCUCAGAGAAGCCAUUGCCUGGUAAUGUGCAGCGUGUGAGUCAGCCAUUCAGCUUUGCCAUGGACGAGGAGAAGAACCAUGAGUCCCGUGACUGGUUCUACGACGAGCUACUGCCGAAGGGUCUAGAGUCUGGCGUGAUUGUGCCGACAAGAGCGCAGUGGCUAGAGGGCGGACUGGCUAAGGCGCAGGAAGCUUUGGACCUCAUGCUUGCGGGGAAGGUCACUGGAAGGAAGCUGUUGCUGGAUCCUAAUGCCUGA